GGCAACGAGAAAGGUGAAGCGGCUAUGACGGUUUAAAAAAUGAUCCCUCGACACUGCCUCAACGCAGACAGCAGAAUCUAAACAAUGGCGGUCGUGUCCACCUCAGUCACCGGCCAGUUCUCAUUCCUCAAGCAGCACGACUUCAAUUCAACCCCGCUGUUAUUUAACGCCGUCGCCUCUCAUCUCCGUCGCGCCUCUUCCAAGAAAGGCUGCCGCGGCGUCGCCACGAUGGCAGGCUCCGGCAAGUUCUUCGUCGGCGGAAAUUGGAAAUGUAAUGGGAGUAAAGACUCCAUAAGCAAGCUUGUAUCUGAGUUAAACAGUGCAGCACUGGAGCCUGAUGUUGAUGUUGUUGUCGCACCUCCUUUUAUCUACAUCGACCAAGUCAGCAACUCAUUAUCUCAUCGCCUAGAGAUAGCGGCUCAGAAUUGUUGGACCGGAAAAGGUGGUGCUUUUACCGGAGAGAUUAGUGUGGAACAACUGAAAGACCUCGGUUGCAAGUGGGUAGUUCUGGGGCAUUCGGAGCGGAGACAUGUAAUUGGUGAAGAUGAUCAAUUCAUUGGGAAGAAGGCUGCAUAUGCCUUGAGCGAGGGUCUAGGAGUAAUAGCCUGCAUCGGGGAGUUAUUGGAAGAACGAGAAGCUGGAAAAACGUUUGAUGUUUGCUUUCAGCAGCUAAAAGCUUUUUCAGAUACUGUUCCAAGUUGGGAUAAAAUUGUUAUUGCAUAUGAGCCUGUAUGGGCUAUUGGGACUGGUAAAGUGGCGUCGCCAGAGCAGGCUCAGGAAGUUCAUGCAGCUGUUCGGGAUUGGCUAAGUAAGAAUGUCUCAGCUGAAGUUGCUUCCAAAAUAAGAAUAAUUUAUGGUGGUUCGGUCAAUGGAGGCAAUUGUGCUGAACUUGCAAAGCAAGAUGAUAUUGAUGGAUUUCUUGUGGGCGGUGCUUCGCUUAAGGGUCCCGAGUUUGCCACCAUCAUCAACUCAGUAACAUCCAAGAAGGUCGCUGCAUGAUUUUGUAUCAGCAGCAGCAGAUCAAAUGCGUCGUGCCUAAUUCCCUUUGGCCGUUUGGCGGUAGAUUGCCUCUUCCCUUGUACUUGAUAUAUAUAUAUAUAUAUAUAUAUAUAUAUAUAUAUAUAUAUAUAUCGGUCUUUGAUUUAUUUGUUUUGAAUGUAUGCAUUCAUAUCUGCAUAGUGAAGUAAUAGUGUUGUAUCAGAUAACCGAAGGAGGCAGAUGAAUUUUGAAAUUAUUGAGUUUAUUUGCCUAGUGUUUGGAAAGUUUUUCCAUAUUAUAUUUGUAACUUGUGGGUGAAGAAUCAGUGGAAUUAGAUACUGGAAUCCAUAUUGAGUACAUUGUAAUUCAACAAUAAAGCAGAUAUGCUAAAGUCGCCUUGGUUGUAAAGCAACUCUUGCCUUUCUUUCCUCUCCUAUAUACAUGUGUGAUUGAAGCAGAGCACAAGACAGAGAGAAGAAAUGGAUUGGGUUCGUACGAGGAAACGAGUGGAAACAAGGCAAGCCUUGUCGUCCAUCUCUGCUCCUCCUCUUCCUCUGCUCGCAGUUUUCGCCAUUGUCAUCUUCUUGUUAUCUCUCUCCCACUACGCGGCUUACAGGGAGCUCAUGCAUUUUGCUAUGUUCAAUUUCAAGAUUUUACUGUUUGUGGCUCCUCUUUUGCUCCUAUUUUUGUUGCGUUCGAGCCUGCAUAGCAGCGUCCGGUGGAUCCAUUUCAGGUGGGGCGUGGUGCUCCUGCUGGUGGUGCUGCUCCUGCUGCUGUCUUACCAGUCUUCGCUUCACUCUAGAUGGUUUCCUUUUGGGAGUUCUGAUUAGAUUCAACCCCAAAAUCAAUAUUUCAAUAGCAUAUUAAUAAUUUUGUUGGUAUUUGUAAGUGUAAAUGUUAAAUAUGUCAUUGAAUAUGAGUUUGAAUUUGGAUCUUGGCUUGUGUAAAAAUGUAAUAUUGUAAAAGAUAGUAGUAUUUCUUUUUCCUUUUUAAUAGUUGGAAACUCUACCAUUCUUUAUCUUCA